AUGAGUUUGCUACCCAAUGAUCAGCGUCAACUGCUCCAUAAAUGUCUUCUCAAAUAUGUUCGUAACCAUUCCUCGAAGAGUGAGCUCGAUUCGCUUCCUGGAACAGAAAAGAUCGAUGAAAAUGUUGUUAUGCGAACGCUGGCAAUGUGGCUUGACGUAGACUUAGAAAGCCUGGACGAUAAAGAAAAACCGGUAGAUGCCUCUUUACUGCCGCGAAAGUGGAACUCCAUUGUGAGGUUGCAGCGUAGAAUCAUCGAGCUGGAAAAACAGAUCCAAGAACUGACGCAAGAAAACGAAACCUUAAUGAAUGAAGGACCUGUGUCAUUGGCCAGUAAAUCGUCCCUAACUUGGGUUCCUAGAGACCAAAGCAAGAUUAACAUCAACUGUGGUGCGUCGGUGUCGAGUGUCAAACUUCAUCCUGAACUUCCACUGCUAUUCGCAGCAACAGAUAGCGGGAAACUGUUGUGUUACGACAUUAUGAACUCUUCCAUGCCGACAGUAUCUGUCCAGGCCCAUAUGAGAGGAAUAACGUCUAUUGACGUCAUAAUGAGUGAAAAAACUGAAUGCUUUGUGGUGACAAGCUCAAAAGAUUUGUAUUGCAAAGUAUUUCGUUUGGUCGAGUCCGAGCUUCAACCAAUACGAAGCUUGGCCGGACAUGAACAUGUCGUGUCUCAAGUCCGAAUAUGGAAGCAAGGGAGCGAUACCCUGGUGGCUACUUGUUCGCGAGACUUAACUUGUAAAGUGUGGGAUGUUUCUAACGGCUGGUGUCUGACAUCAUUUCAGCCUCAUAGCGAGUGGGUACGAUCGCUAGACGUCAUGGGAGAUUAUAUUGUCACCGGCUCCAAUGAUUGCACUGUGCGGCUUUCGCAUUGGCAAUCUGGAAGAGGCCUCUCUAAUGGAAUCGGUCACACAUUCCCCAUUGAACGGGUCAAGAUCAUACCUAUGCUCCAGAGCGAUUCAGUCGCCGACGAAGUACGAACUGUUUACAACACCUACGAUGAGGCGUAUGUGAACCUAGGGUUCUCGCAUGUAGUUACAGCCUCCAGAGAUAACACAAUUCGCAUAUGGCAAGUACCGUUGCCCAAAUUCGUGGCCCACCGGCCACCGCAACCAGAUCAAACUCGACAACACUUCAGUUUAGUGACUAUUCUCAAGGGACACACAUCCUGGGUCCGUGAUCUCUGCAUAAGAGGCAAUUAUUUGCUAAGUUGUGGUGACGAUCGUACCAUCCGGGUGUGGAACCUCUCUACGGGGGAAAUUGCCCGCGUAAUAAGUAGUUCGCACGACGGGUUCGUGAACUGCAUUCACACUGAUGGGAAUGGACUUAUCAGACAAAUAAUGGCGUCAGGGUGCGCCGAUGGGAAAGUGAGAGUAUUUAUAAAAUAA